AUGAAGCCGUCUUAAUUCCUCUAUUCGGAAUCUAUUAAGGAGCAGAAGGCUCAAAAGGCAAAUGUGACAAAAGUAAAUAAAAGAAUUGAUAAAUUUAGUCAAUUGGAGAGUUGAAACCUUUGCCUAAGACAGCCAAUGUUCCAAAGGAUUAAAAUUCCUCUAUGAUAUACUCAUUAGUGAGUUUACCAGUGUAAGAGACAUAAUUUAUUUGAUAGUAAGGAAGGACAGAAUGAUACUGUAGUAUUCCCAUAAUCGUUAAUAUCAUAAUCAAUGAAUAUUAAACCAUAAGUUGUAGUAGGCAAAAACACAGAGAUUGCUAGAAGCUUGAAAAAACUAAAACCAUUAGAUAGUUUAGAUGCUACUCCUGAAUUAGUGAAACCUGGUACAGGAAAGGGACCUAGUGGAGAGCAAUAAUAAUAAUUAUAAGGACCUAAAUUAUAAGUAUAUUUGAAGUCAUUAAAUUAAUUAACAAAUGGACAAUUCAAGAAAACAUAAACUUAAUUGUUAUUUGGAUCAAUAGAACCAAAACUUAAUAAUAAUACUGUAUUAUGUGUAUUGCGUAUCCAAAAACUGAAAUUUUUUAAUGAGUAUAAUUAAAAAAAUGAAAAGGUAUAAAAUACAUUAAUAUAAAUAAGAUUCCAUCAUUGUUUUGUUGGGAAGCUCUUUAUCGUAAAAAAAGCUUAAUGAAAACUACUCCAAAAGAAUUCGAUGCUGCUUAAUAAGAUUUAUUAGAUUUUGUAUAUACUAGAAAUGCUUAUGAACCAGUUGAUAUCAUUUUAUGGAAAAUAAAAAAUAAUGAUGAAGUAAGUGAUUUAUUAAAAAUAUUAGAAAUAUGUUGGUUAAUUUGAUAUAUCAAAUAAUGAUUAUUAAAAUGCAAGAGAAAUUCUUGAUUUUAAAUCUAAGAUAAUUUGUGAAACUUAAAUUGAAAAAGAGAUGUUUAAAACAAUGAAAUAGACAAAGUCAUAUAUUGGUAAUGUUUAAUUCUAAUUAAUUUAACUUGGUCAUGAAAAGAUUCCAUUAAGUAUAAAUAUUUGAUAAAAUAUUAAGAUAAGCAUUCUGGAAUUCCAGGAUCACCAAAAACAGAAGAAGAGAAAGCAAGACAUAGAAUUAUUGAUGCUUCAAUGUCAGGAUAAGAAUAUAGAUGGUAUGUAGAUGAAAAUAAUAAAUUUGUAAUUGAAAAGAUUGAUAAAGUUACUUAAGAGAUUGUCGCUGAAUGUACUAUUGAAGUAGUUACUGAUGAAUGCGGAUAAUUACUUGUUAUUUAUGAAACUAAAUAUACAGAUCCAGAUAAUUAUGGAAGAUCUAGACCUACAUCUAGAUAAAUGAGAAAAUAACAUGCUGAUGCUUCUAUGGCAUUGAUUAGAGAAUUAGAUAAAAAUGGAACAUUUACUGAAGUUUAAAUUAAUAUUAGAAAUCUUAGUAGAUAAGGUAGAUUAACAAGAAAAGUUAUUGAAGAAGCUUUAUGUACUAUGGGUUGUACUGCUAAUUAAUUAUUAUUAAGUGAAUGUUCAGAAUUUGGAGAUUGUUUAAUGGAUUUUUUACUUGUUACUGAUGAUCUACCAGGUGUAUUAGAAGCUAUGUAAGAAUUAAAAAUUGUUGGAGAAGAAGAUAUUAAUUUAGAAAGCUUUUCAAAUAAUAUAUUUUAAAAUAUUGGUUAACAUUUAAGAAAAAAUACUAAUCUAAAAUCAGUUAUUCAAUUUAUUAAAGCAUUAGAAAAGAAACCUGAAGUUGCAUUGUUAAUAUAAAAUUAUUCUUAUGCUUCUGAAAAUAUAUUAUCUAAUACUCCACCCUUUUUAUAAAGUAUUAUUUUAUAUUUCUAUAUUUAGAUUUUGAUCCUAAAAAUUACGAACAUGUUAUGGUAUUAAGUAAAUUAAAUAAAAUGAUAGAAAAAUUUUAAAUUAAUACUAAAUUUACAAGAGCUUUAAAGAAAGCACAUGUAGAGGCUAAGAAAUCAAUUUAUUUUGAAAUUCCAUGUUUUCCAAAAGAUUAGGAUUUAGAUGAUAAAUCAGAUUCUCUUUAAUUAAAAUCAAUUGGAUAAAAUAUUAUGCAUGAAGUAGUAAGAAGAUAAAAGUGGAAUAAAAGUCAUAUUAUGUUUGAAAACUAUCCUGAAUGGUUCUUUGUAGCUGAUGAAUAAGGAAAUACUCCAUUUGCUAGAAUGAUGGAAACAGCACCUUUUGAUGUUAUCAAAUCACUUUUUGCUGCUUAUCCUGAUUAAUUAAAAAAUGUUUUCAGUAAAUUUGAUCCUAAUUCUGAAUUAUUUGAAAGUAGAGUUCCAAAAAAAGAAGAUAAAAAAGAUGAUAAUGGAGAUGGAGGAAAUGAUGGAAAUGAUGGUGGCGAUGGAGGAACAAAAUAAAAAUAAGAAAAUGAAGAAACUAUAGAAGAUGAUUUAUAUUAAAAAAGAAAAGAAAAUGAAAUAAGAAGAAAUGCAUUUAGUUGGGUGAAAGAAUAAAAAGAAUAUAAAAAAAAUUUGAUCCAUUGUUUAAUUUUAAAUCCAGAUUUAAAUUAAGUUGAUUUAUUAGAUCUUUUAAGAAAUAUAUAAUUAUUAGUCAACCAAUCUUAAGAAUCUAAUUUUGAAACAUUAAAAGCUCAGAAAUUAAGAGCUGGAGAUUUUACUCCAUUAGGAUUAUACUUAGAAUUAUUGAGAUCAAAAUGCAAAAAGAAAUUAGAUCGAGUUUAAAGGGAAAUAGGAACAUCUUUAUUCAUUUGUCAAAUCUUAACUCCCAAUAUUGAUGAAGAGGAAAAUCAAUAAUAAUAAGAAGGAUAAGAAUAAUAAGAAUAAUAAGAAUAAUAAGAAUAGGAGAAAUAAAAAUCAUCAUUUGUUUGGAAUAGUUAGAAUUAAUUAGUUAUUUCAUAAAUAAUUGGUAAAUUACCUGAAACUUUAUUCUAAUAAUUUGAUGAUUUAUUUAGAUUUAUUAAAUGGAUUCCAUCUUUGGAAGAAUUAAAAAAGAUUAGAUAUAUUAAUUUACCAUAUAGACAACUUAUUAAACAUAAAUAGUAGUAAAAGUUAUAUGCAAUCCUUUAACAAAUGUAUGAUGAAGUUAAAUAAAAUCAAACAUAUGAUCCUUCAGAUUUAGAAUCAGAUACAUGUAAAUAGAUAUUAUAUACAAUUCAAAUUUGGACAUUGAUGCUUAUGGAAAUAAGAAAUUUAAGAUCCUAAAAACUCGAAUAAGUAGCUACUUAAUUAUUAACAUAUUUAAGAGAAUUUACUUAAUAAUAUAUAGAACUAUUAGUUUAACCAAUGCCAACAAAUAUAACAUCUUCAUAUUAUCCAUUAUCAUAUUAAUAUAAAGCAUAACCAAAAACUAUUCUUGAAUUAUUUAAUGCCAUAAAAUUUAAUAUAUUAUUGAUUGAAAUACCAGUUUAAGGUUUAGAUAAAUUGAAUGUCGAAAAUUUAGCUGAAGCCUUAUACAAUUGUAAGGAUAAGGAAUCUUUAAAAGAUUUUAUAAGAUUAGUACUUGCAAAACAGCCAGAAAAUGAAGAAAAUAUGGAAACUUAAAAAAUUAUUAUGCGUUAAAAAUUUGAAUUAAUUGUUAGUACGAAUGCAAUAUUCAAUGAUACAGAAGGAAUAUAUAAAAACGAAUUUGAUAAAAAGUAGGUUGAAUAAUUAUUGUUAACUUAUAAAGCUGAAAAAAUAUUACCUUUAGCAUGUAAUAGUUUUGAUUUAUUUUGCAAAAAGAUUCAUGAAGUUAUACUUAAUUCAUUUUAAACAAGAAAAUCUGUUGGAAUUACUUAAUAAUAGGUAGCUUUAUGGAUUAGAAAUGAUGAUCCAAAGAUACAUUUAAGAUGGAAAUAAUAUUAUAUGGAUUUUUUUAGAUAGAAUAUGUGUAUGUAAUAAAUUCAUACUUUGAUUGAUCUUGAUAUUCCAAAUUAAAAAAGAACUUAUCCAAAUUAGAAUAAGAUAUAUCCUUAUAUUUAAGCUUAAGGUAAAAAUUGGGCAUCAAUAUUGGAUGUGAGAAGAUUCAUUGCUGCUAUUAAAGAUAAUAUUCAAUAUAUUGAUAUAGAAAAUACUUUAAGAUCAGUUGCAUUUAGUGGUCAACAUGAAAAAUUAGAAUAACUAUUACCAUAUGUUAAAGAUUCUCAAAUUAUUAGAUAAACUAUCCAUCUAGUUUCAAAAGUUGCUAAUAUGUAAAUUUUUAACUUUUAUGGGUAUUUAUAAUUAGCAAAACCUAAAAAGAAAGAAGCACCAAAAAAUUCAGAAGAAGAUCCACAAGAAGAGAAUGUUUAAAAUGAUAAUAAUAAACCAGAUGAUGGAGAUGGUGGUGGUCCAUAAAUAGCUUCUAUAGAAAGCAAACCAGAAUAAAAGAAAUAAUAAUUAUAAUAAAGUUAAUAAAAGAAAAGAGAAUCUGUUUAAGAAAGUGAAGAUAAGUAUUUAGAAGCAAUAUUUGAUUUUUCUGUUAGAUGUUAUGAUCCAUCUGUUUAUUUCUUUAAAACUGCUAUUAAAGAAAAGAAAGAAAAACAUAAAUUAGAUAUUCCGAAAUUUCCUGAAGCUUUAGAUUAAAUAAGAACUCCAGUUUCUAUCUAAUCAUAAUUACUUGAAAUGAAUCAAGCUAUUUAAUUAGAAUUUGAUGACUUUUUCAGAACUCAUUUACCUAAAUGUGAAAAAUUAGACAUCAAAAAAUUUGAGUCUAAUUUUGAAAAAGAUAUAUUAAUGUUUAGAUAUUUGAAAAAUUGGAAAUCUUCAUUGUAAAGAUAAAAUCUAAGAUCUGUAUUCACAUAAUAUGAUUAAGGAACUGGUUAACAAUCAUAUAAGAAAGUCUUAAAUUAAUUACUUAAACAAUACUAAAGAUAUGGAAUGCCAAUUUGUAAUACUUUGGAAGAGUUUUAAACAACUUUAGAAGUCUUGAUGAUUUAUGGAAUUCAAAAUAUGGAUUAACUUUUAUUCUAAGUAGCUUCAAGUAAAUUAACUCCUAUUGAAAAAAACAAUAUAUUCCUUAAUUUAAUUUAUAGAGUCAUUGAUCCUAAAAAAGAAGUUAUGGCAUAACAUUACUAAAUUAAAAAUGCCAACAUUUAUUUACAAUAAAUUAAUAGAAUUAUUAAAUCAGUUAAUAUCAAAUUAUUAUCAAAUGAGGAAGAUAUUGAAAGUUUUAAAAAUAAAAUCUUAUCAGAAAUCAAAAGAAUUAUGAAAUAUUUAAAGCCAGAUAUGGUAAAUGAUUAAAAAGUUUUAAUAUUUAAAUUAGCAAGUGAAGUAUUAUAAAGAUUUGAUUAAUUGGAUAUAAAAUCUUUAUUUGAGGAAUAAUUAGUUGAUAUAGCUAAACUUAUCAAAACUAGAUAAAUUAAAGAUAAAGCAUUGUAAACAUUUGCUGCUAAAUAUAUUAAAAAUAAUGAGGAAAUUAAGAAAACAAAUUCUAGAACUAAUUAUAAAGAUAUUAUUGCAUCAUUCAAAAAGAAAAAAUUAGAUGAAGUAUUAUCCACAAAUGAUUUAACAAAAUAUUUUGGUAAUUAUACAGAUGCUUAAUGUGAAGAGAUUGUAACAGAAUUAUUUAAAUUACCAUAUGAGAAAACUUAUAGAGAAGAAUUAUUAGGUUAAUUUAAUAGGAGAUUAUUUGAAGGCCUAAUAUUUUAUAAGAGAUUUAGAACAUAUACUAGAUUAAUAAAUGAUAUUUUGUUUAAAUAAAUAUUGAAAGGUAAGGAAGAUUUAUUGAUUUAAAUGUUGAAGUAACAUUCUGAUUAAUUUGAAUAAGUAAAGAAAUAAGCAAGUGAGAAAGUUAGUGAUAAUGAGAAAGGAGAUGCUCAAAUAGAGACAGUUUAGGCAAGAGCAUAGAAUGAUGAUGGAGAAGGAGAAUAAUUACCUGAUGGAUAAGAAAAAGAAGAUAUAAAAGAAUAUUCAAUUGCUUAGAUUGCUGCUCAUUUUAGUUUUUAUGAAUAUUUUGAUACUUUACAUAGGCUAAGAAUAAAAGUAAAAAGUAUUGAACCAUAACCUUCAAUUAGAUUCAUGCUGUAAACAAAUGAGUAACUUUUACAAUUAGCAAUUCAAUUUGAAUAAUAGGGAUAUAAUUAUAUAAGUAAUUGUGUGAGAAUGUUAAGAUAUUUGAGAUUGAAUCAUUAUAAUUCGGAUGAAAAAUCAAAUACGUUAGAAAGUGAACUUAUGAUUGGAUUUAUUACAGAAAAUGCUAAUAAUAUCAUAAGUCCAUGUUUAAAUAUAAUUAAAGAAUAUUUAUUAUUAUCUGAACAUUAAGCUCCAUUUUGGUAAAAUAAAAAUACAGGAAGAUAUGAGAGAGAUACAAAUGGUUCUUAUAAAAGAUUUUAAAGUUCUUAUAAAGGAAAGAGAGCUAAAUAGAUUUUACAAUAUGAAUUAACUAGAUUAAAAGUAAAUGGUAUAGAGAGAGGAGUGAAAUUCUGUUUCCCUUCAAUUUAUUAACCAGAUGGUGAUAAUUAAAUAUCAAAUGAUGAUAUUCGUAGAACACCAGUAAAGAGACCUACUUUUACAAUUGAUUAAUAUGUCGAACAUUUAUAACCUAGAAAUCCUUAAAGAUUAGAUAAUUAAAUAGUAAAUGAUCCUGAAUUUGGAUAGUUAUUAAGUAAAUUAUUGAUACCAAAUAAAUAAUAAGAAUUUUUAAUAGAUAAAGUAGAUUUUAAGUAGAAUUUAUAAAAAUUAAUAUACAAUGAUCAUGAGAUGUAUUAUUAUAUAUUGAAUUUUCCUAUGUUUUGGUAUGAAGAGAAAUUGAAGAAAGAAGAAUUUAAAUUUAAUGGAUUGUUUUAAGAAUUUGAAUUAGGUUUAAUUUUUAUGAAAUCAACACUUUUAUUAGAACCAAAAUAAAUAGAAUAAGCAUUAGAUAUAUAUUUCUAAUCAAUAAAAGAAUUUGUAGUAUAGAUUGAUUAAGGAGAAGGAGAAGAAUAAGAAGAAUUAAAAUAAGUUGAAUAAGAGGAGAGUGAAUAUGAAGAAUAUGAAGUUGAAGUAACAGAUGAUGAAGAAGAUUAAGAAGAUAAUUAAUAAGAUAAAUUAGAUGAAGCAUAAGAACCACCUUAAUAAGAAACAUAAGAAAAAUAACCAGCAAAUAAUGGAUUGGUUAGUGUAUAAUAAGCAGAUGAAGGACCAAAUGAAGAAUAAUAAUAAUAAUAAGAUGAUGGUGCACCUAGAACUCGUGGAGUUGAAGAUUAACCAAAAAUUGCUUAAGCAAGAGUUUAACCUCUUGUUUAAUAAGCAUCUGUGGAAUAAAAACCUAAAGUUAAGAAAACUAAAAAAAUUAUGUAGAGAAGAAAGAAGUAAAAGGGAUCCAAAGAAUAAAAAUUUGUAGAAUCUGAAAAAAGUUUAAGAAAAGCUAUUAUUAAUGAAUGUAAUUAUUAAUUCAGAUUCCAAAUCUUUUUACAAUUACUAUUAUUUGCUACGACUAAUGAAGAGACUUUCAGAUUAAUUCAAAGAUAUUUAAUUUUUUAUGAAUCAGUUAGUCCAUAAUCUAUUCCACUAGAAAUUGAUCCAGUCAGAAAAGCUAGAUUAUUAAAAGAUGGAUUCAAAGAACCAUUUAAUCUUUAAUUUAUUGAAUAAGUCGAAUUAAAGGCUAAAGAAUUAAAAUAAUAAUAAAUUGAAGACAUUAAACAUAUUAAAGAUGUUUUAACUUAAAAUGAAAAUAAAAGACAUGCUGAAUAAAGUGAAGUUUAUUAAGUUUUAAUUUCAUCUGUUCUUUAAACUCCUUUUGAUGGAUAUUAAACCUAUAUUGAUAAAUUAUUAGAUUGUCCUGCUUAUAGAUGUUUAUCAAGAUAUAAGAAAUCUGUUGUAUCUCAUACAUUAGAAAAAGAUUAGAAAUUAUAAGUAGAAUUAUAGAAAUUCUGUAUAUAAACAGAGAAAAAAUAAUUGAGUGCAGAUUUCUUAUAAAAAUUCUUUGAUAAUAGUAGAACAAAUUAAAAUCAAGGAUCAUUUACAAAUGAUAAAUGGAUUAAUGUCAUUUGUAUUCUUAACUAUUGUAAAUAAAUACUCAAUUAAAUUGAUAAAUUUGAAAGUGAUGUUGAAUUUGCAAGAUAAAAGGUUAAUCCAAACAUUACUACUAUGUCAUAUUAUAAAGAUGAGAAACUCGUAAAUCCUCAAUUCACAAUAAAUACUUAAUUUAGCUUUAAAUUCAAAGUAUCUAAUAAAUUAGAACCUAUUGUCUAUGAAUACAAAAAAGAAGCUGAUGAUAGUAUGCUUGAUGGCAUUGAUUAAUAACAUCACUUCUUUUUUGAAAUCACCUAUAAUAUAUAGAAAAGCACCAUUCCAAAUAAUCCAUAUCCUGUGGCAUAAUUAUAAUUAAGAUAUAUUGAAGAAGUAGUUAAAACUAUAGAAUCUAUUUAUUAUGAUAAUUACAUACUUCAUAUAAAUAAUCUAUGUUCCUAUCCAGAAUUCAAAGUGGCUCAAUUAAGUGGAUCAGAUAAUAUUGAUUAUAUUUAAUUAAAAAGUAAAUUGACUAAGGAAAAUUUCAGAGAAUAUAGGGAAUUACAUUAUUGCAAUAAUUUUUAUUUAGAUCAAACUAUUCAAAGUCUAGACAUUUAUAAUAAUUUAUUAUAAGAAAAUGAAGAUGCAAACUCUCUUAAGAUACUCAAAGAAUUAAGAGAUGGGAUAGUAUAAACAGAAAGUAAUGAUACAGAAGUAUAAGUAUCAAUUUGUAAUUAAAAUUGGGUAUUGUAUAGUUCCAGAAUCAGACCAGACAUCAAAUUGAAAUAUUAGGAUAAACUAUAUCGUAAAUUAUCAAAUUAUAUGUUUAGCUGUUCCUUAUAGUAAUUAUUAACCAAGAUAAAGAAAUACUUAAUACAAAUAGAGUAUUUAGGUCGAUUAAUCAUUCCCAGAAUUAUUCCCAAUUGUUAAUUUAUAGGUUUAUUAAUAUAUUCCUGAUGUAAUGACAGAUGAAUAAUUCAAUUAGAAAUAUGAUCAAUUAUCUAUCAUUCAAUAAGCUUGUGUAAGAAUGAUUUUAAAUUUUAGUAUGAUUUGAAUUCCUAUGCUUAAUCAUUGGAUGAUUUCCUCACUCAAUCACCAAGUGAAGAGGAAUUGUAAAAUCUAAGAGAUGUCGCUCCAUAAAUAGUAUCUUGGCCAUUAAUAAGAAGCAAAGUAAAAAGAGAAAAAGGAUUUACAGAAGAAUAUAAAUUUGUACAUUCUCCAGAAGCACAUCCUUUAUAUAUGAUAGAAUAUUUGUUCAGGUCAGUUCAAAUACAACUAAAUCAUAUAAUCAAAUUCACAUUCAAUGUAUUGUCAUUUACUGAAAUUAUUCUAUUCAAAUUAACAAGAAUUCUUUAAUAAACUACUGGAAAAAGUAAAUAAUAAUAUUUAAAUUAUUUUAGGAUGUAAAUUAUCUACUUCAACAAGUAUAUUAAGUGAAUGGGCAUUGUUGAAAAAGAUUCUUUUAAAAAUUGGAGAUUUGAUAUUAGAAAAUGAAUUAGAUAAAUUUAGAUUCUAUUAUGUAGAAAUAAAUGAAGUUCAUUAAAAUUCUGUAAAUAUUUAAUUUUAAUAUUUUAAUAGGUGUUCCCAAUUAAAUCAAAUAAAUUAGAAGGAAUGGAUGCUAUCUUUAGAUUUGGUUAGACUUAGUUCUUUGUUCAUUCAAAUGUGUUAAUAAUUAGAUUAAAUAUUGCUGUAGUAUCAGAGAAUGCUUCUUCUUUGAUCAGUUAAAAGAAUGUAAAAUUAAAAGCUAAUGAAUCUUGUCCCCUUUUAUUUAAGGAAGAUAAAGAACUUAGAGUAAUAAUUAAUAUAAUAUUGUUAGGGUUAUAUUAAUUAUAUAAUAACUUUAGAGGAUAUGCUUAAGUAAAUAUUUACCAAAAAGUGAU